UCAAAUUAGUUAACUGUACUUUUCUACACAAAUAUAGAGUGUAAUGAACUUGUUAAGCAGAGAUUACUAAAGAUAUUAUGUUUUUGAAGUGAAGGGGCGGGGCAUAUUCAAACUCAGUCCUGCUGCAACAUGCACCGUGGCAAGUUCAACGACUCCUGACUGGUCCGUGUGAAGAUGCAGUGGAAGUGCAAAUACUGAUUCUUUGAGAGCUUUGGAGUGGACAAGUUCUGCAGGUUCUGCAUGGCAACGAGGAGUGAGAUCCAAGACAAGGAGAUGGCAGCACACCAGAAGAUGACCUUGAGAGUAAUUUUCACAGAGACAGAUAUAAGAAAGGUUGUUCUGAAUACAAGACCUACUACAGUGGAGGAUUUGAUAGGCAAGCUUAAAGAAUCACUGGGACUUAAUUUCAACUUCAGUCUCCAGUACCAAGAUCCUGAAUUCAAUUAUGAAGUGUGCAAUCUGACAGAUAUCGAAGAUCUUCCUGAAAAACCAACAGUCAAGGUCAUCCCUCUACUUGAGUUGGUAUCUGUCUCAACAUCUGAAGAAAUUUUGAGUGGCACACCCAGUGUAGCAGAUACAGAGAUCCUCUCUACAUCCUCGCAGGAGCGACAGAAACAGUGGCCAGAUUGUUUUGAUAUCCCAGAUUUUUCUGUUGAUGUAGCAUAUAGACUUAGGCAAGCAGAUCUUCAGUUUCUUCGUGAUGGUACGCACCUGAAAGUAACAAAAGAGCUGAAACAUGAGAUUCUUGAAAGAUUGGCAGAGAGCAUGUAUAGUUACACAGCAUACCCAAAUAAUGCUCAGUUCGAAAGUGUUGCACAAGCCCUCAUAAGCAAGCACCCCUCUCUCCAGGAGCGAGGCUCAACCAGUCGCUGUAGCGGCUGGAAAAAUAGUCUAAAAUUUAAAAUGGCUAAUUACAGAACAAAGCGCAGAAGAUCAGGGUGCCUUGAUGUAGCAGUAAAUGCAGGGAAACGAGGAGGGCAUUCAACUGAAGGAGAACCAGCCAACAAGAACAUCAAGAAGGCAAAGAAAGGCGAGAUCAACUUCUUACCCAACUUUCCAGACGGAUUUAAUCAGGUAGCCCUUGAGGGUGCCCGCAAAGACUUGGUUAAUGAAAUGCAGAAGAGAACACCAAAUGGACAGCUUGUAAAAGAGAAGAUGGAUCUGACGUUUGCAUUGAGAAGAAAAGAGGUGGUGGAGUCAGAACCUGCCGUUUGUCAUUUAUAA